GCGUCGAGCUCGCCGGGGACUCAAGAUGGCGGCGUGUGGACGUGUACCGAGGAUGUUCUGCUUGUCGGCGAUGCUGCAGUUGCUGCUGCUCGCCGCGGCCGGGGCCGAGAAACUCCUGGGCCAGGGCGUCCACAGCCAGGGCCAGGGCCCCGGAGCCAACUUCGUGUCCUUCGUAGGGCAGGCUGGAGGCGGCGGCCCGGCGGGUCAGCAGCUGCCCCAGCUGCCUCAGUCAUCGCAGCUCCAGCAGCAGCAGCAGCAGCAGCAGCAGCAGCAACAACAACAGCAACAGCAACAGCAACAGCAACAGCAGCAGCAGCAGCAGCCCCAGCAGCAACAGCAACAACAGCAGCCUCAGCCGCCGCAGCCGCCUUUCCCGGCGGGUGGGCCUCCGGCCCGGCGGGGUGGAGCGGGAGCUGGCGGGGGCUGGAAGCUGGCGGAAGAAGAGUCUUGCAGGGAGGACGUCACCCGCGUGUGCCCCAAGCACACCUGGAGCAACAACUUGGCGGUGCUCGAGUGCCUGCAGGAUGUGAGGGAGCCUGAAAAUGAAAUUUCUUCAGACUGCAAUCAUUUGUUGUGGAAUUAUAAGCUGAACCUAACUACAGAUCCCAAAUUUGAAUCUGUGGCCAGAGAGGUUUGCAAAUCUACCAUAACAGAGAUUAAAGAAUGUGCUGAUGAACCAGUUGGAAAAGGGUACAUGGUUUCCUGCUUGGUGGAUCACCGAGGCAACAUCACUGAGUAUCAGUGUCACCAAUACAUUACCAAGAUGACGGCCAUCAUUUUUAGUGAUUACCGUUUAAUCUGUGGCUUCAUGGAUGACUGCAAAAAUGACAUCAACAUCCUGAAAUGCGGCAGUAUUCGGCUUGGAGAAAAGGAUGCACAUUCACAAGGUGAGGUGGUAUCAUGCUUGGAGAAAGGCCUGGUGAAAGAAGCAGAAGAAAGAGAACCCAAGAUUCAAGUUUCUGAACUCUGCAAGAAAGCCAUUCUCCGGGUGGCUGAGCUGUCCUCGGAUGACUUUCAUUUAGACCGGCAUUUAUAUUUUGCUUGCCGAGAUGAUCGGGAGCGUUUUUGUGAAAACACACAGGCUGGUGAGGGCAGAGUGUACAAGUGCCUCUUUAAUCAUAAAUUUGAAGAAUCCAUGAGUGAAAAGUGUCGAGAAGCACUCACAACCCGCCAAAAGCUGAUUGCCCAGGAUUAUAAAGUCAGUUAUUCACUGGCCAAAUCCUGUAAAAGUGACUUGAAGAAAUACCGGUGCAAUGUGGAAAACCUUCCGCGAUCCCGUGAAGCCAGGCUAUCCUACCUGCUCAUGUGCCUGGAGUCAGCUGUACACAGAGGGCGACAAGUGAGCAGUGAGUGCCAGGGGGAGAUGUUGGAUUACCGACGCAUGUUGAUGGAAGACUUUUCUCUGAGCCCUGAGAUCAUCCUAAGCUGUCGGGGGGAGAUUGAACACCAUUGUUCCGGAUUACAUCGAAAAGGACGGACCCUACACUGUCUGAUGAAAGUAGUUCGGGGGGAGAAGGGGAACCUUGGAAUGAACUGCCAGCAGGCGCUUCAAACACUGAUUCAGGAGACUGACCCUGGUGCAGAUUAUCGCAUUGAUCGAGCUUUGAAUGAAGCUUGUGAAUCUGUAAUCCAGACAGCCUGCAAACACAUAAGAUCCGGAGACCCAAUGAUUUUGUCAUGCUUGAUGGAACAUUUAUACACAGAGAAGAUGGUGGAAGAUUGUGAACACCGUCUCUUAGAGCUGCAGUAUUUCAUCUCCCGGGAUUGGAAGCUGGACCCUGUCCUAUACCGCAAGUGUCAGGGAGAUGCUUCUCGUCUUUGCCACACCCACGGUUGGAAUGAGACCAGUGAACUUAUGCCUCCUGGAGCUGUGUUCUCUUGUUUAUACAGACACGCCUACCGCACUGAGGAACAGGGAAGGAGGCUCUCACGGGAGUGCCGAGCUGAAGUCCAAAGGAUCCUACACCAGCGUGCCAUGGAUGUCAAGCUGGAUCCUGCCCUCCAGGAUAAGUGCCUGAUUGAUCUGGGAAAAUGGUGCAGUGAGAAAACAGAGACUGGACAGGAGCUUGAGUGCCUCCAGGACCAUCUGGAUGACUUGGUGGUGGAGUGCAGGGAUAUAGUUGGCAACCUCACCGAGUUAGAAUCAGAGGAUAUUCAAAUAGAAGCCUUGCUGAUGAGAGCCUGUGAGCCCAUAAUUCAGAACUUUUGCCACGAUGUGGCAGAUAACCAGAUAGACUCUGGGGACCUGAUGGAGUGUCUGAUACAGAACAAACACCAGAAGGACAUGAACGAGAAGUGUGCCAUUGGAGUCACCCACUUCCAGCUGGUGCAGAUGAAGGAUUUUCGGUUUUCUUACAAGUUUAAAAUGGCCUGCAAGGAGGAUGUGUUGAAGCUUUGCCCAAACAUAAAAAAGAAGGUGGACGUGGUAAUCUGCCUGAGCACAACCGUGCGAAACGACACUCUGCAGGAAGCCAAGGAGCACAGGGUGUCCCUGAAGUGCCGCAGGCAGCUCCGCGUGGAAGAGCUGGAGAUGACAGAGGACAUCCGCCUGGAGCCAGAUCUGUAUGAAGCCUGCAAGAGUGACAUCAAAAACUACUGUUCCACCGUGCAGUAUGGCAAUGCUCAGAUUAUUGAAUGUCUGAAAGAAAACAAGAAGCAACUCAGUACCCGCUGCCACCAGAAAGUAUUUAAGCUACAGGAGACAGAGAUGAUGGACCCAGAGCUAGACUACACCCUCAUGAGGGUCUGCAAGCAGAUGAUAAAGAGGUUCUGUCCAGAAGCAGAUUCUAAAACCAUGUUGCAGUGCUUGAAGCAAAAUAAAAACAGUGAAUUGAUGGAUCCGAAAUGCAAACAAAUGAUAACCAAGCGCCAAAUCACCCAGAACACAGAUUACCGCUUAAACCCCAUGCUAAGAAAAGCCUGUAAAGCUGACAUUCCUAAAUUCUGUCACGGUAUCCUGACUAAAGCCAAGGAUGAUUCAGAAUUAGAAGGACAAGUCAUCUCCUGCCUCAAGCUGAGAUAUGCUGACCAGCGCCUGUCGUCAGACUGCGAAGACCAGAUCCGGAUCAUUAUCCAGGAGUCCGCCCUGGACUACCGCCUGGAUCCUCAGCUGCAGCUGCACUGCUCAGACGAGAUCUCUAGUCUUUGUGCUGAAGAAGCAGCAGCCCAAGAGCAGACAGGUCAGGUGGAGGAGUGCCUUAAGGUCAACCUGCUCAAGAUCAAAACAGAAUUGUGUAAAAAGGAAGUGUUAAACAUGCUGAAGGAAAGCAAAGCAGACAUCUUCGUUGACCCAGUUCUUCAUACAGCUUGUGCCCUGGACAUUAAACACCACUGUGCAGCCAUCACCCCUGGCCGCGGGCGUCAAAUGUCCUGUCUCAUGGAAGCACUGGAGGAUAAGCGGGUGAGGCUACAACCUGAGUGCAAAAAACGCCUCAAUGACCGGAUUGAAAUGUGGAGUUAUGCAGCAAAGGUGGCCCCAGCAGAUGGCUUGGACUGUGGUGGGAGGGGUCCUUGAAGACGGGUGUGGGGAGCAGCAGGGCAGGAAGCAGGAGCCAGAAGUUUGACUCACUUUGCUUUAUUUUUCAGGCUACAAUACCGGUCAGAGACAAUGGCUUAUAAAGGUUUAGUGUGGUCUCAGGAUGUGACUGGUAGUCCAGCCUGACCUUUCUACACACUCCAGACAAACUUCCCAGACAAGCUCCUUUGUGCCUCCGCGUGGAGAGGGUGUGGAAAGUUAUCACAUUAAAAGAUGGAGGAUUUGCUCCGUUUUUUUUCUUUCUGUCCGUUUGCUGCGUGUACCCACUCUAGUAGGCAUUGGCUAAAUGUUGUCUUUUGGUGAUUCAUCAACCUUUGCAGGAUAUGGGCGUUAUAGAAGCAGUAUUCUUGGCCUCAUUCCUCCAGUGUGGAGAUGCCAAGUCGGGGGUGUGAGAGGGAGGAGUCCAGGCGUCAUGGUUCAGCCUGGCACACCUUUGGUUGAGUUUGGGGCAUGAAAUCACAGUGGCUGCGCAAGAAAGCAGUGUGUACAGUAGGAGAUAUAUUUGUAUAAUAUAUAUUUUGUUAACCUGUUAGAUGUCCACAAAGUAUUAUAAAUCACGUGCCUAAAACUGUCCACGUAGACCAAGGCCCACCCUUGGCGCCCUCCCCUCCCCGCCUCUGCUCUACACGGUCGGCGCACGCUGCAGGACCCGAGCGACACUCAUCUUCCCCGAAGGGUGUUCAGUACAAAGUGUGUCAGUUUGUGGAUGCGUUGAUCCAAGUUACUCCUUGACUAACCUGACUGACAUAUAUUUGAAUACUGUGGUUUUCUUUCUUUUUUUCCUAUUUUGCUGCCCUUCCUGGAGGCAGUGGGUUCCAGGAGCCAACUGUCUGUCUUCCUGCCAAGUCAUCAAGGGAAGCUGCUAAGCUGCUUAGUCUCCUCGGUCCUGCUCGUAGGAUCUUCCUGAUUGUCCACAGCUAUCUGGGAUGCUUCAGCCUCCUAAAACUGGAAGCGUGGGGUGCGAGCAACACACCCCUUCUCCCACCACUGCCGGCCGGAGUGAACGGCCAAGAGUUCUCUACAGGUUCCCCUGGGGGCUGGGGGCUGCUGAGGCUAAUAUCAAGAAUCAGGAAUGUCAUGUAUAUGCAGGUUCCCACGGACGUGUCUGGUGUGGUUUGCAGGUAGGAUGAAUGCCCCCCGUUUGACCGGGUGGGGUGUUCUUCAUCUCUGCACUCUCCUUUCCAGUGUGCGUAAACCCUUAUACUUCUCAUCAUCUUGAUAUUUGUGUUCUUUCCAAAUUGGGAGAAAAUCCCAUUUGUCAUCUGCACAUUUGGAAGUUUGAUGAGGAAUUUGGUCCUUGAAACAUUUGUCAUCUUUAGAAAUGGUCAGAAUAGAAAAGAUAGCUCUGCCAGUAUCUUCAGUUGCUUAUUACAAGAAAGUCUUUCAUCAUCCUACUUGGAGUGUUUUCUGGUGACUGGCUCUUGAGAGGCCCAGGCAGGACCCUGAGCAAGUUUUUCUAAGUUCCAAAGCCAACGAAAUCUGAACUGGCUGCAC